AUGAGUCCGCGCAGCGUACCUGAGCAGCUGGCGACUGCGCCAUCAAAGUCAUCUGCAGCCAGAGAUUCGGUCGCCUCACUUUCUAGUGCUCAUUCUAGAUCGCUCUCUUCGUCCACUAAGACCGGUACUCCCAUUCCCCCCAACUUGCUUCCCUCAGCGCCUGCGUCACCUCCCACGCCUGCUCCCAGUCCAACUCCUCAUCAAAGACCUCCCACCUGGCAGACACCCGACGAGGAAGACGAUGCUUUUUUGUUGAACGCUCGGAUACAUUUCUCUUCUCUCUCCAACGCUCGGAAGCAAAAGUUUUUGGAAGGCAUAUUGGGGCUGUGCGAUAGCCAGCAUCUCAGCUUUGUUUCUAGCUAUGUUAGCCCCCGGUUGAGAAAAGAUCCGUUUCAGGUGUUCCCAAAUGAACUAUGUCUGAGGGUCCUAUCAUUCAUUGAUGACCCGAAAACAUUGGCAAGAUCAUCCCAAGUUUCGAAGCGCUGGCGGGAACUGCUGAAUGAUGAUAUCACGUGGAAAAACCUAUGCGAAAAGCACUCGUAUGCAUCCCGGAGGCUGUCGGAGGAUGAUCGGGAAUUCGUCGACCCUUUCCAUGGUCAGCCUUUGCAUGCUGUGUCCAGUACUCAGUCCUUGAGCGGGUUGCAAAGGAGGCCCCAUGUGUCUACUCUCCAGCCUCGAGAGGGUUUGCCCGACGUUUCGUCGCGCUCUUUGUCGGGAGACUGGCUCUCCCUAUCGGGGUACCCGUCACGCAAGAGACGGGUCCGACCAUUGUCCUACAGAUCGCAUUUCAAGCAAAAGUACAUGGUGGAAUCUGCCUGGAACAAGGGUGGGCGCUGCACCCAGCGACACAUUACACCCGACCAGGGAGUGGUCACAAGCCUGCAUUUAACCCCCAAGUAUAUCGUGGUCGCGCUAGACAAUGCCAAGAUUCAUGUAUACGAUACCAACGGGGAUAACCAAAGAACUCUUCAAGGCCAUGUGAUGGGCGUAUGGGCGAUGGUUCCCUGGGAUGACAUUCUUGUGAGUGGUGGGUGCGACCGAGAAGUGAGGGUCUGGAACAUGGCGACCGGUGCCUGUCUCUACCUCUUACGUGGCCAUACGUCAACCGUGCGUUGCCUCAAAAUGUCCGACAAGAACACGGCGAUCUCGGGAUCACGGGAUACAACGCUGCGGAUAUGGGAUCUGGCCUCGGGUACCUGCAAGAACGUUCUGGUUGGGCACCAAGCUAGUGUCCGCUGCCUGGCCAUUCAUGGAGAUCUUGUAGUUUCGGGAAGCUAUGAUACUACGGCACGCAUCUGGAGCAUUUCUGAGGGACGGUGCUUACGGACGCUCUCGGGCCACUUCAGCCAGAUCUAUGCUAUCGCGUUUGAUGGCAGACGCAUCGCCACCGGCAGUUUGGAUACCAGCGUGCGGAUCUGGGAUCCGCAUUCGGGCCAGUGCCAUGCUAUCCUCCAGGGCCAUACCUCCCUAGUAGGACAGCUACAAAUGCGGGGAGAUACCUUGGUCACCGGUGGUUCUGAUGGGUCUGUCCGGGUCUGGUCGUUGACCAAGAUGGCUCCCAUCCACCGACUUGCGGCUCAUGACAACAGCGUUACCAGCUUGCAGUUCGACAGUUCCAGAAUUGUCAGUGGUGGUAGUGACGGUCGUGUCAAGGUGUGGAGUUUGCAGACCGGUCAACUACUCAGAGAACUGUCGACACCGGCAGAGGCUGUUUGGCGAGUUGCCUUUGAGGAAGAGAAAGCUGUGAUCAUGGCUAGUAGAGCAGGCCGCACAGUGAUGGAGGUCUGGACUUUCUCACCACCGCCCGAAGAAGAUGGCGACGAUGCGGUGAUAGUGGAGAGUGCUUCCAGCACGCCGGGUCUGCACCCCACGAGUAACGACAGCCGACAUAGGGAGCGCUAUUCGGACCCUCCGCCUAGUGUGCCGCUCAAUAGUGACGAUGACCAGGCCAUGGUGGAUGCCCCCGCCUCCUGA